GUUGAAAGCUCGUCGUUAACUCCGUAGGGUGUUUUUCCGAGUCACGGAGCCCUGAUUGUGCCUACCAAUUCCUCAACUCCCAAACGCGCAGCUGCAUUCUGGUUAACCGCCCUCCACUUAUCUCAAUGGAUCCAGAGUCCGAGUCUAGAGCAGAGGGCGUUCAUAAGUUCGGCUCGUGGGCACUAAACAACCUGCAGGAAGGAAGUCUUGGCCUGAUCACAUUCCGGGAGGCCUUGCAGGCCUUUCAACCUGUCCUGGCCACUGAGAGCGACAGUCAGUUGGACUUGGAGGCACUCCACUACACAGGUAGCAGAUCUCAGCCUGGAGCAGGCCCUGAGGCAGCAGCCGGACUAAAGUCAGCUGAUGAUGCAGAACCUGGAGGUUUGAAUAUCGAAAUGAAUAGCGAGGAACAUGACCUGAGGGAAAAUGUCCUUGCGAAAGCCCCACUACGACUCUAUGACUGCGAGAAUGAGGUUUUGAAGGAUCAACAGACAUACCUUCAGGAGACAGGCCAUACCAUUCCACCUUACCUUGUGGUUUCGCAAGUGUGGGGAGAAAUUAAACACCAGAUGAUCCUGCCCACUAUCGAAUGGCCCGUGGCUAUUUCAGAUCCCGCAAAGUGGGACACGAUCCUGGCAUACUGUAAGGCAGGUAAAAGGGUUAAAUGGAUGUGGAUGGACGCCAUCUGCAUCAAUCAAAGCAACAGCCCAGAGGCAGACGAAGAAAAGGCUGUCGAGAUUCCAAAAAUGAACCACUACUAUCGCGGCGCAACAGCCUGCCUCGUGGUGCCCAGCAACUACUUGAAUUUCCCGUUGGCACACGCACAACUUGUGGACCUCUCGUGCGAUAUCAUGGAUGUCAAUGCCUCCGUGCAAGACAAUGCACCGAGGAUUUGGGAAAGUAUCGCAGUGCUUGAUGCUGUCAUUGGAGAUGAAUGGUUCUGGAGAGUGUGGACGUACCAGGAGUUUUUGUUGCCAAACAAACAUAUCCUCCCUGAUGGACAAGAACUGCGCGUCGAUCUAUUACGACGCUUACUGGACUGGUACCACAAGAUAUUGCGGAACGGCUCCCUGAAAAAACCACAAGGUGGAACCGAUUACAACUUCAUUCAUCCAGGCAAGGAAUUGGUCAUUUCUGUCCCACGCAAUUGGCAAACCCGAAACCUGCGUUUCCAGAUGAAGGAGGAACUCGAGCAGAAUGGACAUGUGAACCUGAUUAGCCUCAUCUGGCAAAUCAGUCACAGACAAUCUAUGUACCCCGUGGACCGCCUGUUGGGGCUCUAUGGGUUGCUCAGCGACGAGGAGAAAGUGCCAAUUAAUCCAUCUGGAGCCUCUGAUCACAAUUCGAGCACUGCAGCACUUGAAUCUAUGUGGGAACGCAUGAUGGCAAAAGCCAUAAUGUCAGGAAGAGUAUGGCCAUUGCUACACGACUCUCCAGAGCCCGAUGCAGUAGAUGGAAAACAUUGGAUGCCCCAUAUAACAGCCCCUAAUCUUUGGAACGAACGGUUUCCCGGGGCUGCUCUCGCAGGGCUCCACCCGGAAACCCUACACCACCACAAUCAGAAGGAUAUGAAGAUAGCUGACGAUGGAUUACACAUUGCGGUUCGGUUUGUAGGAUGCGUAAUGGGGAUGAGUACUGACAUUGGGGACGGGGGAGGAGAGAUGAACAAAAUCACCUUCUGUACCUGGUUUCUGACGGCCAAUGGUUGCAACACAGAUCCGAUUAUACAACAACUCCAGCAUGGCCUGGCAACAUCAGACAUGGUCGCAUCGAAUGAGAUUCAAGGUUCUCAAGAAGCACUUUUUGCCGCACUUCAUGCGAGUUCCUUACACCACUAUUCGAAACUCAUGGGGGAGAUGAACUUUGGGCGAAAGUUGACCUAUGGUAAUGAGAUUAUGGGGUGGAAUAAGAGGGUUCUAUGCUUCCAAAUUGAAGGCCACAGGACGCCAUUCGUCGUCUUGGCAUGGAUUCAUUGUAGCAGCCCUCCGAAAAUGGGAGAUUGUUGGAUCGUGGAUGUCACCUCGGAACCAGCUCAGACGGUUCGUCGCUGGAUUGUGGUGAAUAAAGUGGGCCCAAAGACCUUUAGGAAGAUUGGUACGGUACGCGCCUGGCAACCUAUUGGUGCUAUCUUAAAUCAGAGUUCGAUGCGUAUCAUCCUUGACUAGUAGUACAUAGUAGUACCUACUAAGCUUGUGUUUUG